CGUUUGUUGGCGUCUCUACCAAAACGUAAAUUACGCAUUUUCACCACUGGCCUUUCGUAACAAAUUAUAAUUGCUUCGCAAUCGUGUCAUGAGCGAUAGAGGAUUUUGCCGGUUAAAUGACCACCACGUUUUCCGUUGAUAAUAAUCGGAGGACGCGUUGUUAUCCAAUUAUCGAUUUAACAAGUUACAAUUUACGUUUCAGAUUAGCCACUCGCCCGGUAGUCAUAAGAAUAUGAACGACCGCGACCAUUCCCCACACGUAAGACGCGAGGAUUCGCCUCGUAACCACAAAGGAAAAAGCUAUUCACGGAGUCCAAGCCGAUCUCGCAAAGUUUACAGAGAUGACCGUGACAGAGAUCGCCGCCGCGAUGAUCGGGAUAGGGAUAGCCGUCGAUAUAGGUCUCGUAGUCGAUCACGUUCAGACAGACGUUACAAGUCGUCUAAAUAUUCUCACAGUAGAUCUCGCUCCCACUCGCAUGGGAGAGGUUAUGGUCGUCGUUCGCACUCACACAGCCCUAUGUCCAGUCGCAGGCGCCACCUUGGAACGCGCGAUAAUCCGAAACCGUCCCGCUGUCUCGGCGUUUUCGGUCUGAGCGUUUACACGUCCGAAGAGGAGCUCUAUCACAUAUUCUCCAAAUAUGGACCAGUCGAACGGGUCCAAGUUGUUAUUGAUGCAAAGACUGGUCGAUCGCGUGGAUUUUCCUUUGUAUACUUUGAAAGUAGUGAAGAUGCAAAGGUGGCCAAAGAUCAAUGUAAUGGUAUCAAGAUCAAUGGGAAGAGUAUUCGAGUAGAUUUCUCCAUCACAGAAAGAGCCCACACACCAACGCCUGGAAUAUACAUGGGAAAACCCACAUAUGUAUCCAGUGAGCGUUGGGACCGUCGGCGAGAUAGAGAUAGAGAAUCUAGAUAUCGGCGCUCGCCAUCACCGUAUUACAGGCGAUCGUCCCGACGUUAUGAAAGAUCGCGAUCUCGCUCCUACUCGCCUCGGUUAAGAACAAGACCUUAUGGAUGAAUUUCAAGUUUAUGUAAGAAAUAAAGAAAUUUCUCCUAUGAAACUAUUCAGCUCAUACUGAAAAAAUGAAAAUAGAAUGUGUCUCAGUUACAAUGAAUGUAUCAAGAGAAUUGAAAAUUCGUUUACAACUCUCUUGAGAAAAUGUGAAGAAUGAAAUUUUAGGUCCUUCUCUCUAGGUUGAAGACGUCGCUAAGUUUUGUCGAAAGCAAGAUACAGAAACACCGAACAUAAUGUGUUUUAGAUUAGCAUUUAGUAUGUUUAUUUCACAUUAGGUUCUUGAUGUUAAUAAAUUGUAAAAAUAUUAUA